AUGAGAAAAUGGAAUAUUCCCGGUGCAGUUCAGUUGUAUACUGGUGGCGAUUUGAGCUAUUUAGUUUUCACAAGGCGGGAUCCCAGUCACCGGAAUCUUCCGCCGGGGCCAAAACCAUUUCCGAUCGUCGGAAACAUUUUCCAGAUCGGGCAAAACCCCCACAAAUCACUGGCCAAACUAUCGAAAACGUACGGCCCUUUAAUGUCCCUCAAACUGGGGAGUAUAUACACCAUAGUUGUAUCGUCGCCGGAGAUAGCAAAAGAGAUACUACAAAAGCACGACCAGAAUUUCUCCGGCCGAACGAUUCCCGCCGCCAUGCAGGCCCACGACCACCAUAAGAUAUCGAUGGCGUUUUUACCUAUCGCCGAUCGACAUGUCAUGGCGGGCACUGCAAACGCCGGCCGGGCGGUAAACAUCGGAGAAGCCGCCUUCGUAACCACCCUCAAUCUCAUGUCGGUCGCACUCUUCUCGACGGAACUCACCACGUUCGGUUCGAAAGCCGCCACGGAGGAGUUCAGGCAAAUCAUUGUGGGUCUUCAGAAUACCGCCGGAGUUUCCAAUUUCUCGGAUUACUUCCCGCUCCUUCAACCGUUGGAUCCGCAGGGAAUCAAACGGAAGGCCCAGAUUUACUUUGGGAAAAUGCUUGCGGUCAUUGAUGAUUUGAUGAAUCAGAGAUUGGAAGAAUCAAGAACCACGAACAAGAUCAAGAAGACGAAGAAGACCGAUUUGAUGGAAACACUUCUUGAUCUACACAAGGAAGAAAUCAGUAAUGAGUACCACUUCACCACCGAACUCAUUAAGCAUUUCCUUCUGGACUUGUUCGUGGCAGGAUUUGAGACAACAGCGAGCACAGUCGAGUGGGCUAUGACAGAAUUACUACUCAAUCCCGAUAUAUUGUUAAAGGUUAAACAAGAGGUAAAAAAUGUAGCAAAAGAUAACGGCAAAACCCUAAACGAAUCUGAAAUCAUUCAACUCCCAUACUUGCAAGCUGUGAUAAAAGAAACCUUUAGAUAUCACCCACCCGGCCCUCUUUUGUUUCCACGUAAAUCGGAACACGAUGCGCAAGUGAGUGGCUAUUUAAUCCCCAAAGGCACACAAGUUCUUGUUAACGUGUGGGCCAUGGGGAGGGACCCCGCUAUCUGGUCCGAUCCCGAAUCUUUUCGACCCGAGAGAUUUUUAUCGGACAAAAACAACACUACUGCUACAAGUACUGAUUUUAAGGGGCAACAUUUUGAGCUUAUUCCAUUUGGUGCUGGAAGAAGAAUAUGCCCCGGUAUACCAUUAGCGAAUCGAAUGCUGCAUAUAAUGGUGGCAACUUUAAUUCACAACUUCGAUUGGAAACUCGUUGAAGAAGAAGGGCAAGACCACACAACAGAGCUUCUUGGGCUUGCCCUUCACAAGUCACCUCCCCUCAUGGCUAUUCCAAUCAUUAAUUAA